AGACAUCAAUCGAAAAAAUGACGUCGCGAGUCGUCACCAUCUUUUGAGGAUAUUCGCAUUUUAUUUUUUGUUUAGCAAAAGACGGUGGCGACGAAGCUGUUCCAUAAUAAGCGUUUAGUUGACUAUAUAUUUGUGUUGUAGUGUUUCCUUGGACAAUAAUAUACACAGAAAUGGGUGACGAAAUGGAUCCUUGCGAGUGUAUUUGGAACCACGAGUUGGCGAUGCGGCGUCUGAUCAAUCUGCUCCGACAAGGCCAAUCCUACUGCACGGACACGGAAUGCCUAGAUGAGACGGGCCUGCUGCCGGCGCCCGCGUCGGCCGGCAACAGCUUCCUGGUGAUGUUUGCGAUGAUGGCGCUCGCCGUGGCCAUGUACAUGCUGCGCCCGCGCCGCCGCCAGCUGCCCGAAGCUAAUAAGCCUCCACGUAACUCACAGGAUCACGACGGAGCCCCGCCGACGCCGCCCAGAAUUUAAUCGUGGACGGGACCCGGGCAACCUCUUUCAUAUAAAACUAACCUAAAAGGUUCAUAUAAAAGUACUAACGUGUGGCAAUUUUAUAUGAAAUGGGUCCGAAUACCGACGACUGCCGCGAUCAUAGUAAAGGGCUAAGAUCCGAGCGUU